AUGCCUUUAUUAUCAUUAACAAAGAGAUACUACUGUGUCGACGACUUUGCUGGAGGAAGGGAAUGCUAUGAAGGUGAUGAUGGUUUUUGGUACACAGAUAAAGGCAUAAUCGUGAAAUGGAUAAUACUUGCAUCGUUCUUUGUCAUCUUCUUCGGAUGGUUCGUAGGAGGUCGUAUCCACGCAAAGCAAAGGUUAAGAAAGGGCCUUCCACUGCUCGGAUACCAUCGCUUUCUGAUAUCCUACUCGGAACGUCGCCGCCAUGGCCAAGUCCCCCAGAACCACUUCACCUUUUACCAAACACAAAACCCCUACGCCCCCAACCCACAGUACACACAGAGGCAGGACGGCACAUGGGCGGAACCCCCGCCGUUGUACCAGAACACAGAUGCGCCACCACAAUAUUUUGCGCCACCGCCGCCCGGUGCCACCAAGGCGAACCCUAACCAAGGGGCGCAGGCUAUGGAGAUGCCGUUGUACGGUGCACCACCACAAGGAGUACCUCAGCAGACGGGACCUCAGCAGAGCGGUGUCAUUGGUGCGGAUGUGGAACAGGGUCAAACACAGGAGCUACCGCCUCGACCGGCAAAGGCGAAGAUUAUGGGUGUAUUGGAUCGCUUUAGACGGUAG